GAAAUGUUAUUUUUCGCCGGUAUUCUCUCAAUUUCUCUUUUCGUCAUUCCAUCUUUAUCGAGAGAGAUCAAAAUCUACAACAAGUGUCCAUUCACAACAUGGGCUGGAAUUCUAGGACCGGGAAAUCCUGAAGGAGGAGGAUUUCGAUUGAAUGCAGGUGAAGCAAGAAGUAUUUAUGUUGAUGACGGAUGGAAAUCUGCGAGAAUUUGGCCGAGAACUGAUUGUGAUGGGAAUAUGAAUUGUGCAACAGGCAAUUGUGGGCGGCGGGAGCAAUGCAACGGCGCUGGUGGAGAGCCUCCGGCAAGUCUCGCCGAAUUUACUCUCCGUGGAGCUGAUGGAAAAGAUUUUUAUGAUGUUUCGCUUGUUGAUGGAUAUAAUAUUCCAGUUCUUAUUGAUCCUUAUGGUGGUGAGGGUGAUUGUAGAAGAGCAGGAGGAUGUUUCAAAAAUAUCAAUGAUUUCUGUCCAGGCGAUCUUGCAGUGAGAAAAGAUGGUCGUACCGUUGGCUGUAAAUCUGGUUGUGUUGCUUACAACAACGAUCAGGAAUGCUGCCGUGGAGCAUUUGGAACUCCUGACAAAUGUAGACAAAGCAGAACUGCAAUGCUUUUCAAAGAUGCUUGUCCAACUGCAUAUUCUUAUGCUUAUGAUGAUGCUACUUCCACUUUUACUUGUAAAAAUGCAAAUUAUGUAGUUCAAUUUUGUUAAUUGAGUGGGCUUAAAUUUCUGGAUAAAUGUUCUGGGUUUUUUUAAAGCAUUUUCAGAAAAUUUCUGCAGAAUUUCGCAGCCUGAUUUUAUUUUUGAAGCGUGCUUUUAACUGAACAUAAUAAUUAAUUUUUAAAUCUUAUUGGAAUGAAAAUUAAUAAAUGAAUCACAAA